AUGCAAAAUUCUUCCACCCUUCAUGUCCGUGACUGUGAGUGCAAAAUAGAUUCUGAUCCAUCUUAACGGCUGCACCCCCCCCCUUCAAUAUUCCACAUCAGAUACCGUAGUCAGCUUCUUCCUUUGCAACUCAAAUCAUGUUUUAGUCUAAAUCUCAGCCAUUUUCCUCGCUGAUCCCCAACCUGCCUCCUACCUCCCAAUUCUCUCAAAUGUUUAGCUUAUUACACGAUUUCCCAUGCAACAUGCAUUCCUGUCUUCAUUGCUAGCUAUAUAUGCAAGACUGGUUUUUCUUAAAAAGGAAGGGCGAGUGCUAAAACCAGUAAUAAAAAGCCAUGGAUCCUUGCCCUUUCGUACGACUUACCGUCGGCAAUCUAGCGUUGAAAAUUCCGGUGGCGUCUAAACCAGCGCGGUCCGUCGUUCAUCCUUCUUUGUCGCCGUGUUUUUGUAAGAUUAAGCUUAAGAAUUUCCCUUUACAAACCGCCGUUGUUCCCUACUUUCCACGGGAGAAUCAGUUUCCCGACAACCAGCAACAAACCCUCGCCGCAACUUUCCACCUCAGCAAAGCUGAUAUCGACAAACUUGCUCAGAAAUCGAUCUUUUCCGCCAAGCCUUGUCUCAAGAUCGCUGUCUACACCGGCCGGAGAGGCAGUACCUGCGGUGUUAACUCAGGGUGUCUGUUAGGAAAAGUUUCGGUACCGUUGGAUCUGGCGGGAACCGAAUCCAAGGCUUGUGUUUUCCACAAUGGCUGGAUUUCAGUCGGGAAAGAAACUAAAAAAGAUUCCUCUGCUCGGUUUCACUUGAAUGUGAAAGCGGAACCCGACCCGAGAUUUGUUUUCCAGUUCGACGGCGAACCGGAAUGUAGCCCUCAAGUGUUUCAGAUCCGAGGAAAUAUCCGGCAACCCGUUUUCACUUGCAAAUUCAGUUUCAGAAACACCGGUGACCGGAAUCAAGGAUCCGGUUCGUUACGGUCAGAGCCAAGUAGCUCUCGGAGAUGGCUAAGCUCGUUUGGAAGUGAAAGGGAAAGGCUAGGAAAAGAACGUAAAGGUUGGUCCAUAACGGUUCACGACUUAUCCGGCUCACCUGUAGCCGCGGCUUCGAUGGUUACUCCUUUCGUGGCUUCACCGGGAUCGGGCCGAGUCAGUCGUUCUAAUCCCGGCUCAUGGCUUAUUCUCCGUCCAGGAGGUGGUACCUGGAAACCCUGGGGCCGUCUCGAGGCUUGGCGAGAACGCGGCUCUUCUGACGGACUCGGUUACCGUUUUGAACUCAUUCCUGAUAUGAGCGCGGCAGCCAUUGUCCUGGCCGAGUCGACGCUGAGUUCAAGUAAAGGAGGGAAGUUUGUGAUUGACUUAGGUGGCCGAAGCGGUUCCAACGGACGGGUGACGCCGAGGAGUGCGACGUCGCCGGCUUGUAGUCCGAGGAGUAGCGGUGAUUUCAGGUACGGGCUAUGGCCGUUUGCCGUGCAUCAAGGAUUCGUAAUGUCGGCUGGCGUGGAAGGAGAAGGCAAGUGUAGUAAACCUCGCGUGGAGGUGAGUGUGCAGCACGUGAACUGCACGGAAGAUGCAGCUGCUUACGUGGCAUUAGCCGCUGCCGUUGAUCUGAGCAUUGAUGCUUGCAGGCUCUUCUCUCAACGUCUAAGAAAAGAGCUCUGUAAUCAUCACCAGGAAUUACUUGGUUGAUUCAAGAUUUUUCCCUCCCUUUUUUUUUUCAAAAAGAAAAAGUGUUUUUUUGUUUCCGCGAGAGGUAUUUUUAGUUACCUUUUUACGGUUUUACCACUAACAAACAAAUCCAAAACUCUGUAAGAUAGAAAGAAAAAGGAAAGCAAGGGGGUGAUUUCCAUUUACCAGUUA